UUGUUUAGAAAACACUCCCUUUAAUAUUGUUUAUUCAGAAAAGAAAAGAAAUGUCUCUGGAAGAAAUCAUCUACAACAAUGCCUAUCUUACGGAUGAAGAAAUAGUCAGCAUAAAGGAAACCUGGAAUACAGCUAUCGGAGGAAAAACUUCGGAACAUGGGAUGGACAUUUUCAUCAGAUUUUUCGCAAGUUAUCCCGACAUCAAAAACCAGUUCUUUCCUUUCCUCCUGGGGAUGGGGGAAGCUGAAAUGAGACAAAGUCCACGACUAAAGGCGCAUGUUUCUGGAGUCAUUCUGGGUAUAUCACAGCUAGUUAAUGGAAUACAAGAAGAGCAAGUUCUGAACCAGGUGGCGCUCAAGUUUGCGAGUUCCCAUUACACACGUGGUGUUCAGCACCAUAAUGUGCGUCAGCUGACUCAUAUCCUCAUCGACCAUAUACAGAAGAACACAAACUCAUCCGAGAACAUUGUCCUCGCAUACAGAAGAAUGUUCGAGCAUUUUCUGAAAGUUGUUGAGAAGAAACACAAUGAAAUGGAAAUAGUUAAUAAAAGGAAGGAGUAUCUAAAAACUAUGAAGAAGAACAUGAAACUAAUGAUGGUUGCAAUUAUUGUGCUUGCAAUAGAAAAACUGGCGGAUUUCCUCACAGCAGUUUUUUCAAAAAAAGAAAUUGCUAGGUGUGAAUGCGUGAGCCCAAGCUACAAACUAAAUCACAGCCUUACUGCUGAUUAACAGAGAAAUAGCUGAUUUAACGAAUUCAAGCUGAUCAUCACAAAUAUACACGACUGAUUUGUAUAAUACAUCGGUUAAUCAGUUUAGGUCUACGAAGAUAAGAAUUGGUUUCUACAUUCUACACAUUGGCUGAUUAAUACCAUUGUGGGCAUCGGCCGGUUUUCUAAAUCUAAUUCUAAUUGGAUGAAUAGAAUAGAUCAACUUGCAAUGGCUGAAUUAUAGCUUUGUAUAAAGCGGCUGAUUAGCAUAAAUCUACACACAAUAGCUGAUUGAAUUAAAUGUACAAAUUGGCUGAUAAGCAUAUGAUCUACAUAGCUAUGUUUAAAGAGGCUUAUUAGAAUAGAUCUUCAUGAUUUCUAUCAAAGUGAUUAGUAUAGAUCUGCACAGUGCACAACACACAUUGACCAUCUUAAAUCAAAGUAUACAAACAUAUCAGCUGAUUCAUAUCAAUGUAUGAAUUGGCUUAUAAGCAUAUGAUCCUCAUGCACACACAUUGGCUGAUUAUAAAUGAUCUACACACAUUGGCUGAUUAUAAAUGAUCUACACACAUUGGCUGAUUCAUAACAAUGUUUACAUUGGCUGAUAAGCAUAUAAUACUCACACAUUAACUGAUUAGAAAUGAUCUUCACACAUUGACUGAUUCAUAUCAACGUUAAAAAUUUGCUGAAUAGCAUGAGAAUUCGGGGGGUACAUAAUUUCAUUUCUGAUUCCAAAUUGGAUAGUGGUUAAACGUUAUACAUUUAUGGGGGCAUGAAAAUACACUUUCUGUACUGUUUCAUUGUGAACUUUAGAACGUUUUUUGGUGCGUUUUCUACACUUCAGCUCGUAUACUGUUUUUGGAGUGUAAAAAGAUGUAAAUAUAAGUAAUUGCAUAGAGAAAGGA